AUGAGUAGGCUCAGCACUGCACAUUGGAGGAGGCGAGGGCCGGAGCGCCACCCACGCCGAGUUGCAUCGGUGGAUAACCUUCUCAUGAUUGAUCAUGUGGACAGCACUGCGUGUGAACAGUCCGAUAGUGUUGAAAUGCAUGAGAAUAUCGUGGCCGCACGAACAUAUUCUGACCAGAACUCCAACGAGGGUCGCGGCACGACACAGGUUCACGAGCAGGGUGACGAGCUUCGGGAAGGAGAGGGGUUCCAAUCUGGCUCAUCUUCAUCGAAAACACCCCCAAGCACUAGAACGGUUGGACACAGCCUUCUGAGGGGCUGGGCUUCCGAGAUCACAGCCCUUGUGGUGGCUUUUUGCUGCCUGGCCGCCAUCUAUAUCAUCCUAGCAAAAUACAACGACCAACGGCAGCCCAACUGGCCAUACGCCCGCACCCUCAAUCUGAGCACUCUCAUUGCAUUGAUUGCUACCAUUCUCAGAUCCAUGCUGGAGGCGGUACUUGGUUCAGCGACGCUCGGUUCAGUAAUAAUGGUCCUCUCUGUCGUGGUCGGCACCCUCACCCAGCAAGCGAUCCAGACUGUGCCAUGUCAAAAGUCUAGCCCCAACGAAACCGCAUCAGUCCCUAUCGCCCAGACCAGCCUCAAGGGUGUUGAGGCCACCUCCGCUAGAACUCAUCUACUCACCAAGGACUUGAAAGCAUCUCUUAUAGCUGGCCUUGCUGGAAUGCGACAGCCGAACUCCAUCUCGCCAUUUUGCCCAUCGGGAAAUUGCGCUUUUCAGGCCAGCGAUGGAUUUUCAUACUCUACUGUUGGAGUAAGCAGCGAGUGCAUAGACGUCUCUUCACUCAUUACUCAGAGUGAGGUGGAUAUUGAUACUUGGGUAUACAAAGAGAAUAUGAAAGUCUCUCCGGCGGAAAUCACCAAUUAUACGUUGCCGAACGGCCUAACACUCGGCUACAUGUUGGUCCCGGGAGCCCAUUCAGCCAGCGGAUCCAGCCGAUGGACCACAGUUCUUGCUCAGGCACAGGUUCAAUUUGACGAGCCAUGGCUGCAAAACAUUACAAUGACCGACCGCCAAAAACGUAUAGUGUUCGAUUCGCCUUGGGUCGACGCCAUUCUGCUCUUCAUGCCAACCAUCAACCCUUGUCAGAACCCCUCGGACUACUCCAACUAUCUUGAUCGAGAUGAGACUUUCGCAAUGCCACCAAUAAAAGCCAACUCGUGCCCAGGUCUAGACCUACCCGGCGUCGAUACAUUACCAGGCUACUUCUCGCAAUACGAGAGCUUGGUGGUCAAUGGGGCUCUGCAGGAAAAGGCUCUCCAGGACCCAAGUCCCUUUGAUGCUGUAUCUUUGGACGCUGGGACAGAAGACGAUUCGUGCACGUUUUGUGCAAUUCUGGACCCUUGUGUAGUUGACCGCGUGGUCUACAGCAACACUAGCGCCAACAUAUCCAGUGUGCCCGGGGGUACCACCGUUGUGGAUAACACAACGGUCCCAUUACGUUGUCUAUAUGGCUUCGCAUUCCCCUGGUAUAGGGCACUGAUGGUAUCAAAACAGUUGUGGAAGACCAUCGGCAGCAGUGACGAAGAGAACAGGUGUGUUCAGAUGGGUAAUUAUACCUUCAUGGUCUGCUCCGGUACAUGGUGGCUCAACGGUGUAUUCAAUGGCGGCAACGCGUCCAUCGCCAGCAUCAGCGAGUUCGUGACACGCGGCUUCGAUAGCCUUUCAGCCCAGCUACGCAUGAUCGGGACUGACUGGGAUGGCAAUCCCACCAAUGCUCCCGGGACCGCCUACGAUACUGCGGUCUGCGUGCUCUUUCGCUGGGAAUGGCUGCUGUACCCACUUGCUCUGGUUAUUGGUGCAUCAGUGCUCCUGUUAUUGUUGCUGGCUUCUAAUUCAGGUAUGGCGGGAUCCACAAAGGGGGUCAUAUGGAAAUCAUCCGUGCUCCCCUUUCUUCUUUACGGCUUGGAGGAUCAAUUCAGGGACCAAGCUUCAGAGCUUGCGCACCAGGAAGAAUUGAAAGGUGCGGCAAAAGCCCUACGCACCAGAUUCAGCCCUGGGGAUGAUGGUUGGAGGUUUCAUAACUAG